GGUAUCUGAUAGUUUAACGUACCUUAUGCACCGCUGUUUUAAUUAUGAGAGCGUCAGGAUUUAGGGGCUUUAGCCAGUGCCUAUAGGUACUGUCUAUAGCGGGCUGGCCCACUACCUACCUAAGGUAGUAUUCCUUCCUCCACAACUCCCACUCCUACUCCCACUCCACCCCAACAUCAUGUUGUCGCCGUCGUCACCCCUGACCCCGCCCGACGUGGCUCUGGCGGACGUGGGGAGUGAGAGCUAGUUUGGCGAAUGGGUAGAUGAUAGAAUCUUACUUAACACCACCUUCGAGGGAUAUCCGCCUGGUGAUGACACCGCGCCCUUCCUCCGAACGUUCUUUCAACAUCUGCCCGAGCGCGAGGGCCAGCACAAUCUCGCUAUGGAUGCGCAUAAUAUGGCUCAGACUGGAAACUUGCGACAGCUCCGCGACCACCUCGAGGAGACCUUGCUCCGGGCUUUAAGGGCCCCGGGGGGGAGAACCCCGGCUACCAUCACUCUAUCGGCACGCCCUGCCGCCGAAGCUGCUGGCCAAGCGGGACUUAAGGAACGUUGUCAGGAGAGGGACGGUCAUAGGUGUGUUAUCUCGGGGAUUUGGGAUCCCGCUCACCGCCCCGAGGAUGAUAUCAUGUUUGGGUCCUUGAACGCAGCACAUAUCAUACCGUUCGCCCUGGGUUCGUUCAGCAACGAAGUAGAGCGACAGCAAAUUAACGCAAUUUGGGGAGCUAUUUACCGCUACUUCCCUAGUAUUCGUUCCCGCCUCCAGCUUGAAAUAGCGGAUGUUAACAGGGAAGAGAAUAUCCUAACGUUGUACCGCCCGUUACAUGAGUUGUUCGGCGCUUUCCACAUUGUUUUGGAGAAGACGGAGACCCGCGACCGGUAUCACCUCAAGACUUUCGGGACAAUCUCUGGCGUUCUUGCCCCUCACCUACCCCGCGAUGGGAUUGUUACGCUACGUUCCCACGACGGCCGAUAUCCCCUUCCGGACCCUAGUCUCCUCGCGCUGCAUGCAGCGAUCGGGAAUAUCUUACAUGCGACCGGCAGCGCAGAGAGAAUUGAGAAGAUCCUCCGGGAUUUCGAAGGUGCUAGUGGUGGGCUAGCCCCGGACGGAAGUACCGACAUUGGUUCCCUGUUGUCGAUGCGCCUCCUUUCGUUGGAUUAAUCACCACGAGAUAGCCUGCAAAUGCUGAAGCCCGGAGCCCCUCCCCUACCGGGGGGAGGGAGUCGGAAGCCAACGUGGACUUAAUGGCGCCACGCAGCUUACCACUUCCAGAGUGCAAAGAUGUGAGGUUUCAACUCCCUUGAUCGUUUUGUGUUAAGUCUGCGGAUUGAUCAAGCUAUCAGACGUUACUAUAUACAUGAAAUAAGGUCACAUGCCCUGACAAAUCUCUAGCGCCAGUGCGCGAGAUGCUUCAGAGGCGCAGCCCUUACCUGGUACAUGGAAGAGCUCGACGACUUGCAACGAAUGAGCCUUAAGCACGGACCAGGCGGGGUCCAGCCUUGGACCGCGC